AGAAGUAAUGUAAACAGGUCGUAUUCAAGAAAAACCUGGAAAGGAUUGUGAUCUGGAGUAAAAGGUAGAGGGAACGAGAGAGUGUCUACAAUAACACAAAUUAUGUGACUUGCCAGUGCUUGUGCAGUGUCACAUGUGCUUAUAUCUGCACAAUUAUAAAUGGAAGACAACCUAGUCAGCUUGCGAGAGAGUCAUCAGCAAUCUACAACUUCAUGGAGAAAAAAUCCUCACAGACUGCUGACUGUGGAAGUUGUCAUCUUUCUCUACAUCACUGGUAUAUUACUAGAAAUACCAGUCAUUCAACAGUAUCUAUAUUAUAAAGCCAAACAAGAACUGAAAAUAAAUGAGACAAAGGGAAAUGAUACUGUCUGCAAUCCAUAUUACAAGAACAGCUCAGAAUACAGGUAAAUACUGUCAUUCUUUCAGAAUCAUCUGAUUGUACAUUCAAACCCCGCUUUACAGACACCCGCUCAAUAUGGACACCUCGUUAUUAUGGACAGAUUGCUUUGUCCCUGAAGAAAGCCCUUUCAACCCGCUUAAUUAUGGACAUCUGUUAAUGCAGACAACUGACACUUAUUUCUUGCCCAAUCAACAGAUUCUCAUAGAAAGCCAACCUUGCUAAUGCAUACACUUCAUUAUCAACUGUGUACUGUAACAGACCUUUUCUCUUUGAAUGUGAAAAACCUUCAAUCGAUGCUCCCAACACUACAGUGCACCAGAUAGGAUGAUUUGUAUACAUCAAUUUCAAACUAAUUUUGGCAUCAAACGAUGCCUGCAGAGAACAGUUUUGAUUAGUGAGCAAUAUAAUUUAAUAGAUGAGUGAUUGUUGAGUGUUUCUGUUGUAGUUAAUUUUUUAUCACAGGUAAUUUUUAUAUUUCUUUUGUUUCAACUUCAUAAUUUAGCACACAUUAUCAUACCCAAAAACAAAAGGAAAACAAAAAUUACCUGAGGUUACAAACUAAGUACAACAUUUCCAUGGAUUUAAGCCAUGGAAUGAAAGCUUUGUAAAGGUUACAGUUGUUUAAUUUUAUGAUGCUUAUGUCUUGAUUUAUUACUUUAGUAUUUAUUCAAAUAAAAGGUGUUUUUUGACCUCAAUAACAUGACCCGCUUCAUAAAGACAUUUUUUAUGACCCCUUCAGUGUCUAAUGGAGUUUGACUUAGCAGUAUUUAGAAGAAGGGUGCUCUGGUGGAGAAAGAAUGAGGAGGGAUAUUAGAUCUACUGGAGAAAAAGCCAAGGUCUGAGAAGGACAAACGAGAUAGAGUUUUUUGGAUGGUAAAAAAUGAUGAUACAUGAAUAACUUACAGUUAUUUAAAUACUGGAAUUUACAUCUUUCUGUGAGAGCCUCAAGUGACAUUCAUGUACUUCUAAAUUUCCUUUCUAGCUUCUUCACAAGGGCAUUGAUAAAUGAGUAGAUCAUCAUGUCAUCUUACUUUUAACCCUUCUAAUAGUGACGAACAUCAAUUUUCUCCUAACAAUAGAUAACAUUGUCAAGAGAUAAAAUUAUGAGAAUUAAUAAAAUGAUCUCCAAAGAGAAACUGCCAUGAUCUUUUAUCAAAUUCUCUCAACUAAUUCUUAAUGGAAAUGUAUAGAGAUCAGUUUGGAGAUUUUGCAUGUGGAUAUUGGGGCUUAAAGGGUUAAAUACAACUUGUCAACCAUAGUAUGAAUUUUUCAGGCAAUUUUACAUGUAAGAACUGAGUGAUUAAACAGAUUACCAAAAUUUAAAUUCUUUUGCAGUACAGAUGAAAUGGUACAAAAGAGAGCUUCCCGGUACAUUCUUUUGGUGAACAUAGCUUUGACUGUUCCAGCCAUGUUAACAGCCUGUUUUCUUGGUACUUGGUCUGACGAGAAAGGACGUAAAGGACCCAUGAUCGUAACAUCUAUUGGAAGUUCACUGGCUUCAUUGACUUUUCUACUUGCCAUUUAUUGGAAUCUUCCUAUUUAUGUUUUCAUGAUUGGUAAGUAAUGUCUUGGCACAAAAUCUUCUCAUACUGAUUUUCUCAUUUAUUUUUAAUAAAGCCAAAAAUCAAUCUGUUGCUAAAAUUGACUUUCAUGACUGUCAAAAUAAGAGAAAAUUUAUACAUAAUUUUCUUUUUAAUCAAACUUGCAAGGUCAAAUUGGUUUUAUAAAAAGUGCUUAAACUACAAAACAAGAAGUCGAUCAUAAUUUCAAAUCCCGCCCAGAUCAAUAAUCAUGGUUUUAAAAAGGAUCCAUCUGGUUAGAUCAUGCUAGUCUUGUUCUAAGUCCAUUCUUAUGGUCCUAAUCUCCUAGUACCCAUUACUGGUAAAGUAUCUUUCAAGAACUCCCACCUUGUUCAAUUAAAGAGCAAGGGGAAUCCCCCUGAGGAAGAGGGUCUCUUUAAGUGGACUUGCCGACGCAUAGUGAACAAUGAAAGGUUUUUCAGCCUGUCUGUCCUGAAAAGGGUAAAAGGUAUACAAGACAGAGAUAGAGCAUGUAUUUUGUCCAUUGUUCUGUAAAGCAAAGUAUGAUAGCAUAAAUUAUAUAGUCAUAGGAAUUUUUAGUUUUGUAGUCUUUCCCUACAAGGAUCAGUGUUUCAAACCCUCAGCAACGCCCCUGUAAGGCGUAUAUAACCCAAACUUUGGUCAAUUACCCAACCCUUCACGGGAAUCCCCAUUGUUGAACUCCAAUCAUGGAUAAGCUGGGCAGGGAUCUCACAUGGACCCUUGAUGGGCAUCUCCUUGUCCCAGAAAGCUUAAGAUGGAAUCCACCAGGACAUUGAGUAAUUUUGAUUUUCAGUGGACAGAAAUCCUUCAAAUCAAAAAAUUUCUUAUGGGAGCCUGAAAAAGUGAAUGUCAAAUUUCACAAAAUUACAUUUUACACAUGAAAUUUUCGGAAUUUUACCUGUGUUAUCACAACUCUUGUAAAAUUUGACAUUCAUUUUUGCAGACUUCCAGGAGAAAUUUUCUUUGAUGUUACUACAGAUGAUUUAUUACAUUUUUAGCCCUUGAAAAAUGUAAUGAAUGUUUGUGUCCACUGAAAAUUUAAAUUACUCAUUUUUCUGGUGGAUUCUGCCUUAAAAUCAAAAUCAAAAUUAUUACAACCUUAUUGUAAUCCCAUGAAUGCAUAUCAUUCCAUCUUGCAGCAAGUAGCUUGUCAGGACUUGGUGGAUAUUACCCUACAAUGGUUCUAGCCAUCCUAGCAUAUGUGGCUGACACAUCUCAGCCAGACUCCAGAGCAAUGAGGCUUGGUAUUCUAGAAGCCAUUGCUUUUGUUUGCGGAACGGUGGUGUAUUUCAGCAGUGGAGUAUGGAUCAAGAACUAUGGCUAUGAAUCUGUGUAUUUAGUAAUACUGACAGUACAUCUACUCAACCUUGUUUAUGUGGUUAUUUUCCUGCCUGAAUCAUUACCUCCAGAACUGAAAAAAAACAAUGCCGUCUUCUCUGUUAGUAGCGUCAAGAAUAUUGUACUGGUUUACUUCAAGAAGAGACCUGGACGUUGGGUUUUAUUUAUGCUUUUGAUUUGCACAGUUCUUGUGUUCUUAGCCUCAUUCGUGAUACAAACAUUGUUAGUUCUGUAUGGUAAAAGGGCUCCUCUUUGCUGGGAGUCAUCUAUUAUUGGGUACUUUCUUGGAACAUGGCUUUUCUCAAAGGCUAUUGGAGCCGUGGUAGGAAUCUCACUUUGUUCUCGAUUAGGAAUCAGCAAUUUUGGUGCUAUACAGCUGGGAGUUUUCUUCCUUAUGGGUAACUUGCUGAUGAUUGGACUUUCUAGAACCACAUUGGAGAUGUUUUUAUGUAGGUUUGAUUUGUUUAAUCUUAUGAGUUUGUCUUUCUUGUACCUAAUAACUUUUUUUAUCAUUAAGUUUUUUUUAUUUUUAUUCCAUCAUGGCUGUUGAUGUUUUUUUUUUUCAUUUGUAAAUAACUAAUUAAAAUCAAAGUUAAAGCUUCUCUUGAUAAAUUGAAAACUGAAUUAAAGUACAUUGCAUGGUCCCAACAAGGAUUAAGUCAAAGAAAAAAAAUGGUGUAUUUUUGUUUUAGUGGGUGAAGAUUUCUUUUGUAUAAAAAGCAGUUGAGUAUAAAUGGAUGAUUAAUUUAUAAUUGAUUACUGUAACGUCUUUUGACCUUGCAGCCAAUGUCCUUGCAUUCUUUACUGGAGUUCCACAGCCCUGUAUCAGAGCUGAAAUGUCCAGACUAGUGAACAAGGAAGAGCAAGGUAUCAGGCUCAGUUAACUUUGACAAAAGUCUGCAAUUAUUUUACUUGACUGACCAUGCAGUUUUGGUUGAAUGUCCUUAACAGGGACACCAACAGAAAUACUCAUAUAAUUAUUUUUAUUAGAAUGUGUGUUUAUUGGUUCAGGCUGUGAUGAGGCCUCCCCGAUAGGUUUUUUGGGAUGUGGGAUUUGCCUUAUUUGAGGACAGGGACACAGGAUUGCAAAGCAAAAUUAGGAGAUUCAGGAUUGAACAUAUGCACCAGGGAUGUCAGCUAAGAUUUCAAGUUGCCGGGAUGUACAACAAGUAGGCAGGGAAUCAGACAGCCAGGGAUUUCUUUGGGUUAUAUUUUUCUUCUAUUUUCCUUUGAAAGUAGCUGGGGGCCACAUUUACAGUAGCUGGGGAACAAUCCCAGCCCUCGCCUCUUAAUGACAGCUCUGCAUAUGCACGAGGUGCAGGUUACUGAAAAAAAAAUUCAUAAUCUUCAGGGAGGAAGCUUCCGUCACACAUGGUUUUCAGUGAGGUCCUCACAUCAGGAUAUUGGGAUUGGGUGAAAAUUUGGGUCGGGAUGAAAUAGCUUGUUUUCAAUCUAGGCCGAGUUCUUUGAAGAACAUUACUGCUAUGACCGGUUUAGUUGCCAUGACAACUCAAUGUUCUUUUGACAGAUAAGCCAGGAUUAGUACAUAAUAAUUAACCCAUUCGCCCCUGAACCGCCCGUAACCGCCCGUGCGGAUCCAGGUCCUUUCUACCCAUUGUGACGUCAUCAGUUUUAACGGUCAAGGACAACUUUCUUCGCUAACUUGUGUAGAGUGAAAAGAUCUUUCAAACCAUACCAGAAUGAGCACAAUUUAGUCAAGGACACCGGAGAAACAAGCAAAAAACCACGUGACAUUGACCGGAAAAUCUCCAUGAAAAUCUUGUUCCAUUACCCACCUACCUUUCCUUUCGCCUUAUCCUAAGAUCCUAAAAGCUUUCCUAUAAACUCUUCCCACCAAAAUGAAGCCUACUAAAUGCCCAGCAAGAGAAAAAAAAAAUGAGGCAAGAAAAGCGAAAAAAGAAGGGAGGAGAGAAAGCGAAAAGUAAAAGUCAAGACUGCUGUGUCACUUUUAAACCCAAAAACUAUCUCGAAAUUUUGCUUUCUGCGCAUGCCCGAACUUCGCAAGCUGAUAUUUUGCAUCUGGAUCAGAAGGCCGCGAAGUGUACGACCUGUAAACCGGUUUCUGGUAACUUUUAGCUCUUUAUAGCACGACAGUGACCAGAAAACCACUCGACUAGCUUUAAAACGCGUUUUUCGGCAAAAUCUCCAGGAGCGAAUGGGUUAAAUUUGUCAAUAAUUUAUUCCUGAUUAGUAAAUAAUAAUUCAAUUUUAUAAUUUUGUUUAAAUCUCAAAACUUUUUUACCAUCUCUUUUUCAGGUGCCCUUUUCGCUAUUCUUGCAUCUCUAGAGAGUCUGUGUAACUUUAGCAGUCAGUUGAUCUUCAACCCUUUGUACACAUGGACUGUGACAGAACUAACUGGAGAAUUUGUUGCUGGAAUAACCUUCUUCAUUAAUGCUGGUCUUCUGCUGAUACCUGUGGUUCUUAUUGGGUAGGUACAGUUGUGCUGGAGUAAGGUCUAGGGCUUUCAAUGCAUACGGACGACCAAUGAAACAAGUUGGUUACUUUGCUCAGAGAAGUCAGCUACUUUUUCUAGAAAGAACUAAGGAACAACUAGUUUGAAAAACAUCGUAAAUGAAAGAGGAUCAUUAAAAUAAUCUGAAUGAACUGGUUUUAUGCAAUGCUUUAGAAGAAUGCUGGAAAUCACAUUUUAGGGCUUUGAAAUUUCAAAAUAUUCUGGGGAAGCACGUCCCCAGACCCCUAGAAAAAGGGGACUAACAGCCCCUUUAAUACUGUUUGGUCAGUGAUUUUAUUUUUUUAAAUCAUUUUUUAGGGUAGUCCAGUACCACAGACCUGGCAAACGAAAGGAAUUUUCACCAUUGGUGGACGAUGAAAAUCCUGUUUCAUGA